CGCCCAUGGACGGCGCGUCGCCGCUGGAGCGGUACCUGGAGCAUUGCGGCGGGCAGGAUGACCCCUCAGCUAGCCCUCAGCUGUUUACUCCCAUGAGUCCUUAUGAUGUAGACCUUCCAAUUCAAACAACCGAAGAUGUGCUGUUCGGUUCUCAAUUUAAUCAGCCCAAAGAGCUUCCUACAGACUUCUCCUCUGUGGAUCUCAGCUUCCUUCCAGAUAUUACGCAAGAUAACAAAGAACAAAAUCUAUCUGAAGAUGGUCAUGAAAUGCAAAAAGAGCUUGAUGGGUCAAUAUCAAGAAAUGAGGACAGCAGCAGCUUCAUGGAUGAAAGCAGUUUGUCCUAUCCAGAUGCAACUCAACCAUCUCCUGAAGCAUCUGGUGUGUGUCCUCCUCUGACACCGAUGACUCCUAUGACCCCAGUGACACCUGCAUCAGAGAGCUCUGGCAUAGUUCCUCAGCUACAGAAUAUAGUGUCGACUGUAAACUUGGCUUGUAAACUAGAUCUGAAGAACAUAGCUCUGCAUGCCAGAAAUGCAGAGUAUAACCCAAAGAGGUUUGCUGCUGUGAUCAUGAGAAUCAGGGAACCACGAACAACAGCCCUCAUCUUCAGUUCAGGAAAAAUGGUCUGCACAGGAGCAAAAAGUGAAGAGCAAUCACGGCUCGCAGCCAGGAAGUACGCACGCGUGGUGCAGAAGCUUGGGUUCCCUGCCAAGUUCCUGGACUUCAAGAUACAGAAUAUGGUUGGGAGCUGUGACGUGAGGUUCCCCAUCCGGCUGGAAGGCUUGGUUCUCACUCACCAGCAGUUCACCAGCUAUGAACCUGAACUAUUUCCUGGCCUUAUUUAUAGGAUGGUCAAACCAAGGAUAGUGCUGCUUAUCUUUGUGUCUGGAAAAGUUGUACUGACUGGAGCAAAAGAGCGUUCUGAAAUCUAUGAGGCAUUUGAGAACAUCUACCCCAUUCUAAAAGGUUUCAAGAAAGCAUCAUAACAUGGCCCAUAAAGCAACUAAGAAUAAUACAUGGGUUUGUACUACUAUGCAUGGAACAGAAGCAAGGGUAUUCCUGGACCCAAUCGUACAGUUGUGGCUUAUUAAGCCAAUGAUGUUAUUCUGAAUGCUGUAAGUGCUGAUGCCUUUCUACAGUUUGUGAAAUGGUUUUUUGCUUUCAGAUUAGCUGUCUGUAACCCACUUGAGUUCUGACAACUUCUGUCAAGCUGAAAAACUUGCCAAAUGAAUGUACUUUUAAUAGAAUGCAUAUUAAGGUGGCACUUAAGUAUUUUGUAAUCGAAACCAUGUGUCUCUUUUCCCCUGUUGAACAGGUGAAUCAACACUGCGCUUCAAACUAGCUUUAUCAAAACCCUCAGCUUUAAGUGUACUGAAACCUAGCUCCUGUGAUGUUGUAUUUUCAUGUUUAAAUUCAAAAUAUAUUUUUGUCUACAAUAUAGCUUACAAAAUCCAGCAUGGCUUGAAUUCAGUGUUUUGAAGACAGUGAUUGCAGAGGACAUCUGUUGAAUCCCUCUGAUCCUACUGGUUGGAUAAACUCUUGUGUGUAAUGGUGUUGGUACUCCUUUUACAGAGAAGACAUUCAAGGCCUCUGACAGUGCUGGAACAUACCUAGAAAGUCUGUGGGUGGAUGGGUAACUAAGCAAAUUAUCUAAUGUGUCAUGACACAAAUUAGAUUUUAACAAAAUGGUACCCACUUGUAUUACUGAAGUCCCCUCAGAUGAUGGGAGUUUGUUGCUUGGCCCAGACAAAAACAUGUUGAUUAGGAACUGCCUUUAAAAUCGACUUGAGGAAAACACAGAAAGUCUUGGAUGCUCAAGACUUAAUUAUCUGGGUUAUUUAACCAGAGUUCAGCCAAUGGCACUACAUCAAAUUUGGUAAUUUUGCAGCUAAAACAAUGGGGUUCUUGUACUUUGUUUUAUCUCCAAGUGAACUCAAGGCUUCCUUUGCAAAAGGUGUCAUGCUCAGACUGGUGAUGUGACUAGGAACAGCGUAAAGAUUAUCCCUUGACUGUUCCGGUACCUUCUAUGAUUCUCUGGAAGCAAGUUUUUUUUUUCCAGAAUGUGACUUUGGUGCU